AUGUGGAUCCGGGCCCUGCUAUGGCUGCCACUGCUAUUUGAAAAUGUUUUGGCCGACGACUAUUUUUCAAUUGGGGCUCAUUUAUCGGCCGAUGCGUUGAGUAGGGCGUUGCGCGGGACGGUUAAUGAUUUAUUGCAGAUACCGAGGGCUCAGAACAAUAUCACGAUCCCGGUCUUCCAAAAAGUUGACCUUAAACCACAGGCUUUUCUCGACGAGUUGGCCGAACAAUUGGACGAGAGAUUUUUAGAUAUCAAACAACAGCUAGCCAACAUCGCCAAGAAGGUCACCGUCAAGUCGAAGAAGGAUGACAAUAGCUGCGGACAGCUGGUGAACUCGUUCUUGUUCCCGACUUCUGCUUCGAAUUGCUGCCCGACAGUUGAGGGAGAAGCAGAUUUUGAGGUCGAUCGGAAUGCUACGACGCUCCUUCUCCGAAAUCCGGCUGUUCAAUCAUUGUUCAUCUACAAUUCUAACCAGCUGUCAGAAUGUCCUCCCAGAAGAUCAUCUACGGAUCGGGCCCAACAUUGGCGACAAAUCCUUUCCGGGCUACAUCAAGGUGUUCGUCGUGAUGUCGUGAUUGCAAUUGAUAUGAACGACCUCCAUACUGACGCUGAGCUGCAGCAAGUCAAGACGACUGCUAAGGCCUUGCUGGACGUGGCGCUGGCAGGCGAUCGUUAUUCGAUUGUUGCAAAUUCUAAUAAUGGGUUGGAAACGCAUUGCAGUUCGUCGAUUUCUCAUUUGCAAGAGAUUGUGAAGAAUUUGAGAAUCCCCGAAGAAGGUAAAGUCCGCAGCUCUCAUCCCGAAUUGAUGAAAGCGGCCACAGAUGUCUGGAAAGCAAAUAAUAACACGAAGCAUAUUAUACAUUACAUCUCUCGCGGAAUCCUCUCCGAAAUGUCUGAAGCUAUGAAAACCCUUGAAGUCCAUAAUUUGGUGCUUUAUGCGAAUGCGGCAGCUGCGCUUCACGUAUACUUGCUGACGGAGGAAGGAAAAGUGGUAGCUUCAAGCCGAAAAUCGGAAAUCGGUACCUUAAAGCUAAACGAAUUGGACCUAUGGACAAGUCCGGACGGCACUUUACCUUUUACGGUGCCACGCGCCAAACACGGCGUUUUUACAAUGCCUACACCGUCCGGAAAACGCCGAUAUCUUUGGAAAACGCUCAAAAGCGGCCUAAUAUUUGCGCCGUUGGCCCGUCGACUUGAUCCGACUGAGCAGUUGGUGAACAACUACUGGGUGUAUCUUAACGACCGUAUUGGCGUCAUCCGGUCAUCGGCUAUCAAAUCUGGGGUCCGGGAAGAAGCUGGGAUGAUGGGUGCCAUCGCGAAAUUGUGGAUAGAAGCCGGGUACGAUCCAGUCGUAAUCCGUCGUUUCAUCGCCUCCCGCCGUGGCCUCCUCGUCUCCUACCCUGCCGUCGUCCUCGACGAGUCCCUCGACCCAAGAAGCCAACUCUGGUUCCAAAAAGCCCUAAAGAACCCAAAACGACUGGCAAUCACCGGCCCAAUAGCCGACCCUUUACUCGGGGAUACCGUGGUCCUAUCGACGGCACUUUCGUAUGGGCAACAGGACAUGUUCGUGGUCGGGGUCGAGGUGACGCUCAACUUUCUGGAGCACGUCGUGCAAAGGACGGUUUCGGCUUGUAGCGAGGGUCGUCGCUGUCUUCUUCUGACCUCCAUUGGAAAUGUUGUAGCGCUACCUACAGAGUUGCUACACACUCUAUCGGUUGACGCUGUUGAACGGUACCAUCUCGCCCACGUCGACCCGACCCUAACUUCCCAUCUCCUGACCGCGCCUCACAUCUUCAGGAAGGAGGAGUGCCGGUCUACUAGCGGACAAACGCACCACCGAUUCCGUUUCAAUACGUCGUACAGCCGAGUGGAUACGAAAAUGUGCUCCUCGCUUCCACCGCUCUCUCGGCCCCAGGUACAAUCCGAGGUGGUGCUCGUUCCACAUACCAACGUCUUUUUGGCGCUUAUCAAUACGAGUUGCGUGAGGAGGAAAGAAGCUGGGCACUUCUGCCCCUGCUCGGUCUCCGAUCGCCGGUGCCUAUUUUGUGCUCGUUUUGACGAGAAUGAGUGCGAGUGCCCGUGUCAAUGUGGUCCCAACCGGGCUUCGGCGUGUGAUACUGGACCCAAGGACGUUCAUAAAACGACCACCCUCUGUACCCCAGAUACAGUACCAUACCCUCCAAAUUACGCCAAGGCCCCGCACUACUUGGAGGAGUGCCAGCCAAGCAGUUGCCCCCAAUUCCACUCCCCCUCAAGCUGCAACCUGCGCCCAGGAUCAAACGGCCUCGACGCGUCACGCGACGCACAGAACACGCCAUCUACCCCGGUAUCGUUGAUCGGAGCUUUGGUGGGAAGUGUCAUCAUCGGAUUGGCGAUCGCUAUUUUUACUUGCUACAGAAAUCGGUCCAACCGCCUCCGCGAACGCCGAAUCUGUAACAGCGACCAGGGCGGCACCCUAUUCUGUGGACGCUUCGGAACCCUCGAGCCAAACGAAGAUUUCUAUUUCGAUCACGAGGGGCUGAGCCGAGAAAAGCUGAUUCUCGCCUCAUUCGAGCGAUCUGGAGGUGGACCACCGUCUCCAAGACCUGCACCCAGGGGUCCACCUACCGUUUCGGAUCUUGGGUAUUCGACAAUGACGGAGCGGACGAAUGAGGGUAGUGAUGCGGGAACUAGCUCAAACCUGCCCGGAAUUCGGAUACGAGUUACUGACGUU